GUCCGGUUAAAUCGAACGAGGCAGGUCCACGAUCACCAGUCACGACUCACAAGCCACGACAACCGAUUUUAAGUUCGCUACGGGAGCUUCACGAGCGAUCGAUCCUCUCCUUCGUGAGCACCGAGCGGGAGCGAUCGGAAGAUCCCGAAGAUUCCGAAUUCGAUCGCCGGACUGUGCGUUCUUGGCUGUAGAUACGGUGAUCGAUGGGGUUUAUGGUGACGACCCUAAUCUUCAUCGUGAUUGGGAUCAUUGCGUCUCUCUGCACCAGAAUCUGCUGCAACCGAGGGCCUUCGACAAACUUGUUCUAUCUAACGUUGAUCAUUACUGCAACAGUAUGUUGUUGGAUGAUGUGGGCAAUUGUCUAUCUUGCUCAAAUGAAACCACUGAUUGUCCCCAUUCUGAGUGAGGGAGAAUAAAGCUCUUCAAGUAUAUAUGCCAUCGUUGGUGGACCCAGGAUUUGAUGAGAAGUAUCGGAUUCCUGGUCGACAGGACCAUUUGAUUAUUUUUUGCAGUAUUUGUGUGUGAGCGAGUCUUUUCCUCCUUUCUUAGUCCCCAUUGAUGUAUCAGCUUCUUAAUUAAUCUUUGCCAGUCU